AAAAAAAAUGGCGUAUUAACCAGGCUUCCUCGGAUGAAAAUCAAUUGAAAAGCUCGAGCAAUGAGUGCAGGGGGACAAUUUGGUGGAAAUCGAGGGGCGAGACCAGUGCCGCCCGAAAAAGGAGUUUUCCCGUUGGACCAUAUGCAUCUAUGCGACUUGGAAAAGAAAGACUACAUUGGCUGUCUGAAGUCAACCGGCCAUCAAUCCGACAAAUGUAGACAAUUCUCGAAAAAAUACCUGGAAUGCCGUAUGGAGAAGAAUUUGAUGGCAAGGCAAGAUAUGUCGGAACUCGGAUUUCGAAAGGAAGGCGAAUCGCAAGCUUCCGUAGAUGAAAGUGACACCGGAAGGAUAGACAAAUGAUUUUUUAUUUUAUUUUUUGAUUAUUUACUUUUUCCUCUGCCCGUCGAGUGAUAGUAGAUCAUCUAAUGAAAAAUUUAACCAUAUAUCAGAAACUGUACUAUACUGUACUAAUACCGUAAAGUUCUGGCCUUUGGUUUCGAUUUUGAAGGAAAGACGAGACUUCUAAACAUUGGUUCGGUUUCGAGCCUACGUUUGGAAAUGCUGUAGAUUGAUGAACAUAACAUUAAGCAAUAAUUCAUUCUGGUUUAUUUGAAA